AUUUCAUUUCGCCAGAAGAGGAUGUCAUUCAACGUCAGUCAACGUUUUUUAUAAAAAUUCCCAAUUAAAUUAUUAUAAUUAAAAUAGAGCAGAACACUUUAGGAUAAGGGGCAAUUUUAAUUUACUCGCAGAUAGGCUAGUUAAAUAGUGUUCCUUUAAAUAAUAAUUGAGAAUUUUUUUAUACGAAACAUAUUUAUCUAACAUCCAUCACACGUGGCUUUCGCCUUGGUCGGCACAGCAGUUUCGCACAAAACAUCCAAAAACAUUGCAUAGGAAUGUCUCUCUAUGAGGAGUUUUGUAUUUCUUCUAACGGCAUUUCUUCAAAGAACAAUGACGAUUUCGACUUAUUUCCCUUUGGCAAGAUUAACCUGGACAAUGUUGCAAAAUGUUUGGGUCAUGACUUUGAUAACGAACCUUUCAUGUUUGACAAUUUGUUGGACGUCCACACGAUUCAUCAGAAUGGCAUUGCGUCUAAAACUGAACACGAGAAAGUGGAAGACUUGUUCCGUGCAAACUACAAUCAAGAACUACAUAAUAAUGUCGACAAUAAAAAUGUCGCCAAUUCCUCGUCGAGCAUCGCCAACGGAUCUGCUCAGUCAGAGAGCGUCGCCUGGGACCGGACACACUUGUUGAACCUUGUUGGGAACGAGGAUGUCCUUGACGCCGUCAUUGGAACAAUUGACACUGACAAAUCCAACGAUGAAAUACAGGAACACCUAUUUGAUUUACUGGGAUUUGAUCAGUUGGAGCUCAUCAUGUCAAUUUUAACCAAUCGGGACACCAUCAUGAAGCAGUUGCAUAAAAGUGAAGCUAUAUCACAGGCAGUUAGAAAUCAUAUGAAAAACACCAACUCUACUCAAUCACAUCCAGUUAUUGGGGUUAAGGUGCAAUCAGCAGAAGAGAAAUAUUUGGAAAAAGUUUACAGAAAGGAAGAAAAGAAAGCCAUCAAACGUGGAGAAGGACCAAAUGGACAUUUGGCGCAAGAGGCAGAAGUUCAAGUUGGCAAAUCAAUGCACAGCAAGAUCCAGAAAGCUACUUCCAGAUAUGGAACUGGUGGAUAUUCGUCUGAAUUUUCUCCAGGAGAUUUGCCCAAUGUGUUUGACAGUUAUGCUGCUGCGAAGCAAACUGCUGGAUUCAUUUCAGGUGUGAAGAUGGUUCUUCCGGAGAAUGCAACUAGAAAGGAUAAGCAGGAAUGUGAAGAAGUAUCAAUACCGGCCGUAAAGGCGACAUUACCAGAACACAUUGCACAGAAACCUUUAAUCCAAAUAUCCUCGUUGGAUGGCUUAGCGCAGAAAGUAUUCAAAGGAAUGAAAUGUCUCAACCGAAUCCAGUCAAUUGUUUAUGAAACUGCUAUAGGCACCAAUGAAAACUUGCUCAUUUGUGCACCAACCGGAGCUGGAAAAACCAAUAUUGCCUUACUUACCGUCCUUCACUGUAUUCAGGAUCAUAUCGAAGAUGGUAUUAUAAGAAAGGACCAGUUUAAGAUAGUAUAUGUGGCUCCAAUGAAGGCUUUAGCUGCUGAAAUGACUGCCAAUUUCUCAAAACGAUUAUCUCCCCUUGGAGUACAAGUUAGGGAACUGACUGGGGACAUGCAAUUAACCAAGAUGGAAAUAUCACAAACCCAAAUGUUGGUGACAACUCCAGAAAAGUGGGACGUCGUAACCCGAAAAUCUACAGGAGAUGUAGCUUUAACUCAGAUUGUCAAGUUGCUCAUCAUAGACGAAGUUCACCUCUUGCAUGGGGAUCGAGGACCGGUGGUCGAAUCUUUGGUAGCUCGGACAUUAAGACAGGUCGAAUCUUCGCAAAGGAUGAUACGAAUAGUUGGGUUAUCCGCAACUUUGCCCAAUUACGUAGACGUUGCUCGAUUUUUAAGAGUUAGUUUGCGAGUUGGACUAUUCUACUUUGACCACCGAUUCCGUCCGGUACCAUUAGGACAAACGUUCAUUGGUGUCAAAUCUUUAAGCAUUCUAGAACAACAGAGGCAAAUGGAUGUGUGCUGUUACGACAAAGUAUUUGAAAAAGUUACAAAAAAACAUCAGGUCAUGGUAUUUGUACAUGCAAGAAACGCAACCGUAAAAACUGCUGAAAAUCUGAUUGAACAAGCCUCCAGAUAUGGCCAGUUAGAAAUAUUCCAAGUGAAACCUGGUGAUGAAACCGGAAGAAGUGAUUAUGGGAAAGCUCUCAAAUCAUUGGAAAGAUCUAGAAAUAAGAAGUUGGCCGAGUUGUUUGUCAACGGAUUUGCCGUACAUCAUGCCGGACUCCUCAGAAGUGAUAGAUCGUUAAUUGAAAAGUUAUUUAGUGAUGGAUUGGUGCGAGUUUUAGUUUGUACUGCUACACUAGCAUGGGGAGUCAAUCUUCCAGCCCACGCCGUUAUCAUUAAGGGAACCGAAAUCUACGAUGCAAAACAAGGUAAUUUUGUGGACCUAGGAAUUUUGGAUGUUCUGCAAAUCUUUGGACGAGCUGGACGACCUCAAUUUGACACUGAGGGAGAUGGCACAAUAAUUACCACUCACGACAAACUUGCGCAUUAUUUAUCUCUAUUAACUAAUCAAUACCCGAUUGAGAGUAGCUUUAUCAAGUUCCUGGCGGACAAUCUAAAUGCUGAGAUUGCCUUAGGGUCUGUUACUAAUAUUGAUGAAGCAACAGAGUGGCUUACCUACACGUAUCUUUAUGUUCGAAUGAGACGGAACCCUCAGUUAUAUGGUCUACAAUAUAUGGAAGCUAACGAUGAUCCAUUGUUGACCAUCAGGAGAAAGGAGCUGAUUUUGGACGCUGCAAAGAAUUUGGAAAAAGCUCAAAUGAUAAGAUUGGGGGAUCGAACAGAGUAUUUACAUUCAACAGAUCUUGGAAGAACGGCCAGUCAUUUUUACAUCAAAUAUGACACGAUAGAAACUUUCAACGAAACUAUGUGUGCUAUAAUGAGUCACGAUCAAAUCUUGAUGAUGAUUUCCAAAGCUAGUGAAUUUGAACAAAUUAAAGUCCGAGAUGAUGAGCUUGACGAAUUAGAUGAGUUAACCGAAAAGUACUGCUAUCUCAAAGUUUGGGGAGGAUCGGAAAAUAUACAUGGAAAAGUCAACAUCCUCAUUCAGACCUAUAUCUCCAAAGGAUUUUUGAAGAGCUUCUCGUUGAUGUCUGAUACACAGUAUAUAAUUCAAAAUGCAGUCCGUAUUUGCAGGGCAUUUUUUGAAAUGGUUUUAAGACAAAAUAAUCCAUUACUUGCCGCAAGACUCCUCGAUUUCAGCAAGAUGAUAGACCAACAACUUUGGAACGAUUCCCACCCACUUCGACAGCACAAGUUCUUGAGUUUUGAAAUUCUCGAAAAGCUCGAAAAAAAGAAAGUCCGCCUUGAUUUUCUGAGAGAAACGUCUGCUAAUGACAUUGGAGCGCUAAUUACUCAUAUGAAAAUGGGUACAACAGUGAAACGGUGUGCUGAAGAAUUUCCAUUGCUUAAUAUCGAGUUUACAAUUCAACCUAUCACCCGAAAUGUGCUCAGGAUUAAACUAUUCAUUGAACCAUCAUUUAAAUGGAAUGACAGAUUUCAUGGAAAUGUUUCUGAAAGCUUCUGGAUUUGGGUCGAAAAUCCAGAUGAGAAUAAUAUCUUACAUCAUGAAUACUUCUUAAUUUCCAGAAAACAGGUCUUGAAGAACGAAACUCAGGAACUUGUGUUCACAAUUCCUGUGGCAGAACCAUUGCCAACCCAAUAUCACAUUCGAGUGAUAUCUGAUCGAUGGCUUGCUUGUGAUAAUUUGGUGCCAGUCUCGUUCCGACAUUUAAUUCUUCCGGAAGACCAUCCACCAAACACGGAUUUGUUAGACUUGGAUCCAUUGCCAGUUUCGGCUCUGAAAGAUAUCCAAUUUGAACUGUUGUAUUCCGACAAGUUCUCCUACUUUAAUCCAAUUCAAACCCAAAUUUUCCAUUGCUUGUUUCAUACGGAUGCAAACUGUUUAGUUGGCGCCCCCACAGGUUCUGGCAAGACAAUUGCUGCUGAAAUGGCGAUGUUUAGAACGUUCAAGGUUUAUCCAAAGUCAAAAGUCGUUUACAUAGCCCCUCUGAAAGCCUUGGUAAGAGAACGAGUUAUUGAUUGGAGGGAGAGGCUUCAAGGACGUCUUGGGCGCAAAGUAGUUGAAUUAACGGGUGAUGUAACUCCGGAUAUGAGAGCAAUAAUGGAAGCAGAUGUCAUUGUAACUACCCCUGAAAAGUGGGAUGGUGUCAGCAGAAGUUGGCAAACGAGAAGUUAUGUUCAGGCUGUAAGCUUAAUAAUUAUUGACGAAAUUCACUUAUUGGGAGAAGAUAGAGGUCCAGUUCUCGAAGUUAUUGUUUCAAGAACGAAUUACAUUAGUCAACAUACUCAGAGAAACUUAAGAAUUAUCGGACUAUCAACUGCUCUUGCCAAUGCCAAAGAUCUUGCAGACUGGCUUGGAAUUAAAGGAAAGAUGGGGCUUUACAAUUUCCGGCCCUCUGUUAGGCCAGUCCCAAUUGAAGUUCACGUUCAAGGAUUUCAUGGAAAGCAUUAUUGUCCCAGAAUGGCUACAAUGAAUAAGCCAACUUACCAAGCAAUUCGAGAACAUUCGCCGGCGAAACCAGUUCUUGUGUUUGUUUCUUCUCGUCGUCAAACCCGGUUAACCGCUUUAGAUUUAAUUGCCUAUCUUGCCGCAGAAGGCAAUCCAAAGCAAUGGCUUCACUUGGACGAAACCCAAAUGGAUCAUAUUAUUUCUGGAAUUAAAGAACCAAAUUUAAAGCUGACGCUUUCGUUCGGAAUUGGGAUUCACCACGCUGGAUUACAAGAUCACGAUAGGAAAGUUGUAGAAGAAUUGUUUGUUAAUCAGAAAAUACAAGUCCUCGUAGCUACUGCAACGCUUGCUUGGGGUGUAAAUUUUCCAGCACACCUUGUUGUGAUUAAAGGGACGGAGUAUUACGACGGGAAAUCUCAUCGCUAUGUGGACAUGCCUAUAACGGAUGUCUUGCAAAUGAUGGGACGGGCCGGAAGGCCACAAUUCGAUACCAGUGGCACCGCCAUGGUCUUUGUUCAUGAUCAAAAGAAGAGUUUCUACAAGAAAUUUCUUUACGAGCCAUUCCCCGUUGAAAGUUCUUUGUUGGAUGUCAUGCCUGACCAUCUGAACGCUGAAAUUGUGGCAGGGACUAUUUCCAGUACCCAAGAAGCUCUCGAUUAUUUGACCUACACUUACUUUUUCCGAAGAUUGGUCCAAAAUCCGUCUUACUACAAGUUAGACAACUGUGAACCUAAUGCUGUCAAUAAGUUUUUGUCCAAAGUGGUAGCCGACUCCUUUAAAGUAUUGGAAUCAGCAUCAUGCAUAUUUGUUCAUGAUGAUCUCCGAACGGUGGAACCUACUUCUUUCGGACGAAUUUCAUCCUAUUAUUAUUUAUCACAUGAAACUAUGCAACUAUUCAAAGAUGCUCUGCGUUCUAAUUUUUCAUACAAAGAAUUAAUGUUGGUUUUAACGGAUGCCCAUGAAUACGCUCAGUUACCAGUUCGGCACAAUGAAGAUUUGUUAAAUGAGGAGCUGGCGAAAGGAUGUCCGGUUGAAGUUUUAGCUGGGACGUACAAUUCUCCACAUACAAAGGCACAUCUGUUACUUCAGUGUCAUUUUUCACGACUGCAACUGCCUUCUUCUGAUUAUUACACGGAUCUAAAAUCUGUUUUAGACCAGUCAAUUCGAAUCUUACAAGCAAUGAUAGAUUCAUGUGCCGAAACCGGGUGGCUUUCACCGACUCUUUCAUGCAUCAAUUUAAUUCAAAUGAUUGUUCAGGCUCGCUGGAUUGACGACGAUGAUUUCCUGUGUCUACCGUUUGUUCAAGAAGAGGACGUCUUUUCCAUCGUGGAGAAAUUUAAUGUAGACACUUUGCCUUUGCUGCAAUUGAAGACGAAAAACAAUCUUGCCACGUUGGAAAAAUGUCUCUUGCCGACUAUGGAAGCAUUCAAAGUAGAAAUGAUUUGUAAGGUGCUUGAGGAACUUCCAGUAAUUAGCAUCACAGCAACAGCUCAUUAUGACGACGUCCAUGUUCUUAUUCCCUUAUCUAACCGACAAACCAAUGAGUGGACAGAUCUACCUGCUGGGAAAGAUAUGACUUUAAUAUUUUCUCUGACGAGAGAAAACAAGUCUGGUAAAGAUAUGAAGGCAUUUGCCCCAAAAUUUCCUAAGUCAAAAGACGAAGGGUGGUUUCUAGUUCUUGGUGACGUGGAGAAAAAAGAAGUUGUGGCCUUAAAACGAACUGGAGGAAUUAAAAGGAAUUGCCAGCAAAAAUUAGCCAUUACAACUCCAGAAGUAGAAGGGAGGAUAAUCUACCAUUUGUAUCUAAUGUCCGACUGCUACUUAGGACUGGACUUGCAAUACCAAUUAUUUCUGAACAUUACAGCUAGCAAUAAUAUUUCUAAAUUUGGGAAUGGUGAUAUGACAGAGUUGUAGCAGAGCAUCGCUAGUAUUUUUUUAAAGAUUUACUUCCGCGUAGAUUUAUACUCGAAACAUGUAUUGCCUUAUAAGUUUGAAAAUAUUGCCAAAUUGAUUAUGUAUUUCCUACCCUUAGCUUUCUUACAAGAUUGAUCUGUUAUGGUUGUUAUUAAUAGCUAUAAACUCUCGUCCGUUUGCGUGAUUCUGGACAUUAUCAAAUCCAUUUUCGCCAGUACUCCAGAGAGGGACCCCUCCAUUGUUGUGAUCCUUUCAUCCAGUCUGAAAUUAUAAUAAAUAUCCCAUAAACAUGAACAAUUUCAUAUUUUUGGAAAUACAAGAAAUA